AUGCCUGCGGCCAUGCUACUUCAGGAGAAGCUGUCCUUGCCCAGGAGUCGCUCACAACAGGGUAAGGGAAAGAAGAUGACUUCUGCCAAGAAACUGCCAUCAAGUCCGAACACUGAGCAAAACCAAUCUCCUCAUUUGCCUCUCUGCGCAAAUCCUGGCAAUCCGGUGUUUUCCUGCAUGCUGGACCCCAAAACACUCAUGACCAAUGGUUUUUUGACAAAGCCUCAGGUUUUAUUAUUUAAAACAACUUCAAGUGAACAUGGUGCUAUACCACCUAUCUCACAGAUGGCACCCUGUACUUACCAUCCAGUGGAUCAAACCUUUUCAAAACACUUACUCACUUUUGGAUCAUUUCAAGAUAGUAAUUUAAACACUGCCAUUGACAGAAGUAGGGUAUAUGACUACCCCAAUUUACAGCAUACUCUGUAA